AUGGCGGAAUAUGAAGCUUGUAUUCUCGGACUCAGGAUGGCCAUAAACAUGAAUAUUAAAGAACUUUUGGUGAUAGGAGAUUCCGACUUGUUGGUUUAUCAAGUACAAGGAGAAUGGACCACUAAGAAUGUCAAGAUCCUUCCUUAUUUGCAUUACUUAAAAGAGUUAAGUAGGAGAUUCACAAAGAUUGAGUUCAAGCAUUCUCCUCGAGCUCAAAAUGAGUUUGCCGAUGCUUUGGCAACAUUGUCCUCGAUAAUUCAACAUCCAGACAAGAAUUACAUCGACCCUAUCGAUAUAGAGAUACAUGAUCAACAUGCAUAUUGUUUUCAUGUAGAUGAGGAGCUGGAUGGAAGACCCUGGUACUAUGACAUCAUAAGAUUGAUAAAAGCACAAAAAUAUCCUAAAAAUGCUACAAGCAAACAGAAACGGACUUUAAGGAGGAUGGCCAAUCAUUUCUUCCUCAACGGAGAAAUCCUAUAUAGGAGAACUUCGAAUUUAUGA